AUGAGAAUUAUCCAACCUGGUAACAGCGAAUCAGAAGAAGGAAUUGUGGAAUUCAAAAUUGGUUCACCUGACAGAGGAUUGGUAAGUAUUAACAGGUUAGUGUUAGAUCGCGGUACUUGUUUUUCAUUACCAAGACAAAGUGUGAAUGGUUUUCUAUGUAUUACCUCCGGUAAGGCAUUUCUUAUAUAUAACCCUAUCACUGGAGAAAAAUCACCUUGGAUCGAAAUCAAUAACAAGCAGGCAAGAAACCAAAUUGCAUUUGGAUUUGAUAAACAGAGUAAUGAACAUAAAGUCAUCUGCAUAUCAAGUAGUAAUUCUGAUUCGGGUUCCGCUGAUAGUAAUAAUCAAAAAGUUAAUGAAGUUUUUACUGUUGGCAAAAAUACAUGGAGAAUAAUCGAUGCAGUUCCACCCAUUGCAUUAGGUGUGGGUUAUAAUGAGAAAGUUCCUUAUUAUGUAGAUGGUUGUAUAUAUCGGCGGAUCCGGCCGGAUAUUUUUCACCCAUGGGAACGAGAACAAAUACUGAGAUUUGAUAUUGCAACUGAAAAGUUUAGAAUUAUUCCCAUUCCGGAUUUUGUAAUUGAUCCCGAUAGAUAUAAGUUCUCGCAGACUGUUGAGCUAACGGAAAUUGAUGGAUGCAUUGCUGUAUUGAAUUGGGUAAAUGAAGUCUGCAUUUCUCUAUGGAAAUUUCGUGAAGUUGCAGAUGGUAACAUUGAGUGGAUUGAAGAGAUUAUUGAUAUACCUUCUCACUGGAAUGGGAAACCAGAUCUUUCAAUUCAAGCUCUUACUGGGACACGUCAAAUCUUCCUGCAUUAUCAAUAUUCAGAUAGCAUUUUUUAUUACAACAGAGACACCAGGGAGUCCAUAAGGUUUCCGAUCUGUUCAGAGUGUGACAGGGAAAGGACAAUACAAGUGUAG